CCUACGGGCGGCAGAAAGUGAUUCGUGUGUCGUGUCAGACUCGGUCAAAUUUUCCGACAAUCUUGUGUCAGCCGAGUCACCCGCAGUUGAUUUUGUUAUUGCGCUUGAGAAACCAGUGAUAGGAAUAAUCAUAGAAGAAAUGGCGGACUUCGGUGACAAUUUCGACAACGAGGUAGAUCCAGCGGCUGAGUUCCUCGCUCGUGAACAGAACGAGUUGGGUGCCAUCAUCGACGAUGAUCUCAAGCCGUCCAAUCCGAUGUCGCAGGUCAACGGCGAUGGUGUUCAUGUUGAUGGUCUUAAAGAAAAUUCUGGAUCCAGCUUCGAAAUGAUUGAUGGGCUAGAACAGGAUGGUUUUGAUAAAGAGAACCCAUCUGAACAGAAUUUUUUCAAUCAGCCUAUUGAAACAGGUAAUACUAAUAAUUAUGAUUUUGAUAUGUAUGGACGAGAUGAUGCUUCUCCAUCGCCACCUCUACAAAAAGUGAGAGAGGAGCCUGAAAAGAUCAAAAAGUGGCGCGAAGAACAAAUAAAACGUCUGGAGGAAAAAGAUAAAGAGGAAGAAGUAAAGAAAAAGGAAUGGCGGGAAAUUGCGAAAAAGGAGCUCGAAGAUUGGUACAAAAAUCACGAAGAAACGAUAGCAAAAACAAAAGCAGCAAACAGGGAUGCGGCGAAGAAUGCUGAGAAACAAUUCGUCGCCGACGAUAAUGAAAUAGAACCGGGCACGGAAUGGGAGCGAAUCGCCAAAUUGUGCGACUUCAAUCCUAAAGCAAAGCAGGGCAGCAAAGAUGUGUCGCGUAUGAGGUCAAUGAUUCUGCAAUUGAAGCAAUCGCCUCUGCCAAUGAAGAACAAUGCCUAAUUAGACAUUAUCUAGUAUGUAAAACGAGAAAUAUACAUAUUCUAUUUAAUUUUAUUAUUAUAUUUUGGUUAACUCAAUGUUUGUUUGUUUCAUCAUAGAUUGUUUUGUGUAUGAUUAACACGAUCUAAGUAAUUGAAUUGUACUAUUGUUUAUCCGCCCUGUAUUUUUAAUUCUAAGUAAGUGGUGGCGAUAUUUCAUCUUAUUCACGUGUAUACUUUAAUGUAAUUCCGAAACAAACCGAGUAUUAUGUUCAGACGAAAAUACUACUGAUACCGUACUGAUUCAUUUUAGUAAUGAAAAUUUUAGAUUGUAGCAUUUAAUAUAUAAUUGCAAUCAAAUAUAUCAUGUUAAAUUAAAGUGAGCACCGAAAUUUUGAGUUGAUUGUUGUUGUAUAGCAUUCCGUCGAAUUAUUAGUUAUUAAUUCGUUUGUGUAUAGUUGCGUGUCAUGUAUCUUGUUUUAUAAAAUUACAACAACAAAUGAUAUGAUGUUACAAGAUACGAACAUUUAACAAUGAGCGAACUAUAAGCCAAUGUUGAACGCAGUUUUGUUAGGAGUUAAAUGACAUGCAAAACACACAACAAUAAUAAUGGCAAAAUGUAAAAAUCAGAAUGUAAAAUUUGUGCAAAACACACUCAAAUGUGAAAUUACUUUUAGAAGAGAAAAAACUAGAUAACUAAAGAAUCGUUGCUUGAAAAUAAUGUGUAAAUGAAUUGAAAGACAAAAAAUGACAAAGAUUAUGAUGAAAUAUGAAAAAUAUUAGAAAUAAAAUUACCAUUCUAUAGCCCA